GCUACGAAGUACAAUGCAGUCAUCGCGGGUUUGCACACGGCGCGUGAGCUCGGAGCGCACAAGGUUCAACUCUGAUAUGAUUCAGCCUUAGUGAUAAAUCGACUGAACGACGUGUACGAAGUAAAGGAGGAUGCCCUAAGCGUAUAUAUGAGGACGGUGAAGGCCAAAAGCGCAUGGUUCAAGAUAGUGGAGUUCCUCCACGUGCCUCGGGAAGAUAAUGCCCACGAUAACGCGUUAUCGAAGUUGGCCACAGCUCUUGACUUUGAGGGUGACAGGCACAUUAUUGUCACCAAGGAGCAUUCCCCGAAAGAGUCGGUGGUAGGGGAAAUUAUCGGCAAGGAGAUGGAAGAGGUAAGUUGGAUGCAGUCUCUUAAGGUGUACCUCUUACAAGGGGUGGUGCCAGAGGAUGCAAAGGAAGCAUGGCAAGUCAGACGCAAAGUCGCCCGCUGUACAAUCAUCGAUGGCCAGCUGUACAAGUGAUCGCAUUCGGGGACCUAUCUGAGAUGUCUUACGGGAGAAGAGGGCAGGAAGGAAAUCAAAGGAGUGCACCAAACGCUUGCCGAAUGCAUGUCGGAGCGAGGAGCCUGGAGAAGAUGUUACUACACUAGUGUUACUAUUGGCCCACCAUCCGCAUGGACGCUAAGAAACAUGUCGAUGGUUG